AUGAGAUUUGAAUUGUUAGUAUUAUUUUUUGCUUAUUUAAAAUCUAGUUCAGACAUUUAUAAGAAAUUACGAGAAAUUGUUGAACAGAAAAAAAAGACUAAAGACUAUUUUUUACUUGAUUUGAAAAAAAAUACUACGUCAUGA